AUGAGCCUAUUGUCUAGAAAGGCCAUUUGCAACACUCACGGACAAGAUUCAUCGUACUUCCUAGGGUGGCAAGAAUACGAGAAGAACCCCUUCGAUGAGGUUCAGAAUCCAAAUGGGAUAAUUCAGAUGGGUCUCGCAGAGAAUCAGCUGUCCUUCGAUCUUCUUGAAUCGUGGCUUGCUAACAACCCGGACGUAGCUGGAUUCAAGAGAGAUGGAAACUCCAUAUUCAGAGAGCUUGCUCUCUUCCAAGAUUAUCAUGGCCUCCCCUCUUUCAAGAAGGCAUUGGUAGAAUUCAUGGCAGAAAUCAGAGGCAACAGAGUGACCUUUGACCCCAGCCGCAUAGUUCUCACCGCCGGCGCAACUUCAGCUAACGAGACACUCAUGUUUUGCUUGGCUGAAGCUGGCGAAGCCUUUCUCCUUCCAACUCCAUAUUAUCCUGGAUUUGAUAGAGAUCUCAAGUGGCGAACCGGAGCUGAGAUUGUACCGAUACACUGCACUAGCUCCAAUGGCUUCCGGAUUACUGCAUCAGCUCUCGAAGAAGCCUACCAAGAAGCAGAAAAACGUAAUCUAAGAGUCAAAGGCGUUUUGGUCACGAAUCCAUCAAAUCCAUUGGGAACAACCAUGACUCGAAGUGAACUGAAUCUCCUCAUCAAAUUCAUUACCGCCAAAAACAUCCAUCUUAUUAGCGACGAAAUUUAUUCCGGGACUGUUUUUAACUCCCCAGGCUUUGUAAGCGUCAUGGAAGUUCUAAAGGACGGAGACUAUGACAAAACCGAAGUCUGGAAUCGAGUUCACAUUGUUUACAGUCUUUCGAAGGACCUAGGCCUGCCUGGUUUUCGCGUUGGAGCAAUCUACUCCAACGACGACAUGGUCGUUGCCGCGGCAACCAAAAUGUCCAGCUUUGGCCUGGUUUCUUCCCAAACACAAUACCUUCUUUCCGCAUUGCUUUCGGACAAGAAAUUCACGAAAAACUACAUCUCCGAGAACCAAAAAAGGCUUAGAAAACGACAGAGAAUGCUCGUCAUGGGUCUUGGAAAAGCCGGUAUUAGCUGGCUUGAGAGCAAUAAUGCAGGUCUAUUUUGUUGGGUAGACAUGAGACACCUGUUGCACUCCAACACAUUCGAAGAAGAAAUGGAGCUUUGGAAGAAAAUUGUUUACGAUGUCGGGUUAAACAUCUCUCCGGGAUCGUCCUGCCACUGCACCGAACCUGGUUGGUUCCGUGUCUGCUUCGCCAACAUGUCCGAAGCGACUUUGAACCUCGCCAUGCAACGAUUGAAGAACUUUGUAGUAGAAUACUCCACCGCCAACGGCCACAAAAGAUUACACCAUUCUCCCAAGAACUCGAAAAAAAAGUCACUCACCCAGUGGGUUUUCCGGCUAUCGUCUCGUGACCGUGACCGCGAGUCCGAUCGAUGAACAAUAGUCUGGUGUGAAGAUCAGUAUUAAUUUACUGUCCCUUCGA